ACACCUCCGCUGUUUGAAAAGGGUAGCGCAGAAGGCUUCAAAACUUCAGGUAGGACACUGAAACUUACCUUCUCGCCACGAGACGACUCGGUCGCGAUAUUCCCAACGAGCAAUAGCCAACUCUAUUGAAAACGACGCAUCCCAAACAUCAGCCUAUUUACUUUGCCUUAGACCAGAAUCCACCACUUUCGGAGCGCAGGACUUUUAUCUCUGAUGUUUCCAUCAUCUUUGCUGCUAUACAAAAUCUAAUCAGGCAAAAGAUGCUAGGAAAACUUGGAAGGGAGGAGGAGGAGUUCUUGCAAAAGCUUCGCAAGCUAGCGAUAGACUAUGAUAACUUCUGUAGAGAGUGCUGGGCUUUUUGUUCUCGCGAACCCUCGCAAAGUGAACCCUUCCAAUACGAUGCUGACCACUACCGAAAGCUAGCAACAUGUUGGUCACUAUUCACUGCACUCUAUAUCCCUGAAAUAGGAAUGGAAGCCGCACCAUGCGGUGAUGACCUCAUGGAAUGGCUGAACACCAACUAUAUUGAACCGUCUACUGGCGAAGGCGAUCACCUCAGCAAGCUGGACAAGCCUUGGGAAGACGAGACGUUUUGGCCAUACCUGACGCGGGCAACCCUUCGUGGGCUUUCGAAAGCAACAGCGUUCUUCCUGGACGUUCUUUCUCAAAAUCAUCCGUCAGAUCACUUGCAACGCUUAGCGCAACGCCUCUCCCCACUCCUAACCGACCUCCCCCGACUCAACCAAUUCGAUGCUGAGAAAGACUUCGCGCUCGCAUCAAGGCGAUGGAAAGACAAAGUCAAGACGCUACGCAUCGAGCUGGACCGUGUUCCAGAAGAUGCACGAGACGACGGGUUCGACAACUGGUGGGACCGGCUCAGUGACAUCAUUGGUAUCCUUGAAGGUCGUGCCGAGGUGCUCAAGAGGGUUUGCGCAGAAUUGGGUGCCGAUUGGAAGGAGGUCUGUAUAGCAUGGACAAUUUUCGUAGACCCUCGGUUACGAAGACAUGAGCUCCCAGAUAUCGUUGUCGACAUUUUGGACGAAAUGCCACCGGAUCCUACCAACCUCGAAGAUUCAAUACAUUCAUCACUGUUCCUAGGCAAGCCCCACCAAGCGUUGGCUGAGGCGCAUCAGCUAGACCCGUGGCUUUCUGCACAUCUAGCGGAUGUCAUGGAAGCCAUCCGAUUGAUAGACAGUGAUAUUUCCGAUUCCGGACUGACCCUGCGGCAAUGGUACGUAGUGACCUACGCAGAGUAUCUUCACACAGAUCCCGGCCUGUGGCGCCUGACGGUCGGCUACUUGUGCUAUUGCGGUGAUAUCGGAAAGGAGAUGGCUGACGAGGUCUUGGUUCGAGUACCGCUGCAGCUUCAGCGCUUGUCGCGCAGAGACACAGAUGGGGUCGCCGCCGACGACAGCGCCAAAAUUCGCGAUGGUGACCUCGCGGGCGUGCUCAAAGACGUGCACACUUUGUGCUUCGAGCACCAGCGCGAAGGGACGCGCCGAGCGGUCUGCAGGAUCGCCGCCCAAAUCUUCCUCGACCAAAAAGAGUUCGGUCUCGCGGUGGCCUACGCAACCUCUGCAGAGGACUGGCCUGGUCUCGGACGCAUCGUCGACCGCGUACUCGAAGAAUAUUUCGCACAGAACCCCGCAAAUUUUGCGCGUCUGGUGGCCAAUAUCGCGCCGUCUCUCCAAACGCUGCGCGCUCAACAAGAGUCGAUAUCAAGCGGUGUGUUUGUCUACAGGCUGAUGUUCGCUGUGCGUCUCGCCGAGUUCCAUCAGCGACAGCUCAGCGGUGAGCUCCAUGAGGCCGCUUACGACAUCGUGGCCAUGUUACGAGAUGACGUCGCACCUAAGGCGUGGUGGGCCGUCAUCCUGUCCGAGUCUGUUGAGCUCCUGCAGAACGAAGAGAUGCUAUUCACGAGUGAAGACGCGUGUAUUCUGCUACGCAAGCUCGAGGAGAUUUGUACCAGGUCUGCACAGAAUGCAGGCUCUGAUUACCUACCCAUACUCGCGCGGACGACAAAGAGCAAGGAUGAGAAGGGGGCGCUACAGCGGCUGCAGAUCAUCCGCCUCGCGCUUGCCAAGUACUACGCGCGAUGUGGUGUCAUCGGCGUAGGAGGGAGAGUCGAGCCAAAUUCGGCGUAUUAGAGCCCGCAAUAUUGUCUCCAUAUGUUUUGCUAGCAUUGUUACAAGGCAAUCGUACACACUGCGAUGGUAGUCGAGCGCUCGGACAGACAAACGCCCCGCAUCCUCACCCAUCCCACUUCUCGUCCUCGUCCUCGUCUUCGAAAAGAAUGUACCGCUUCC